AUGAAGAUCGACAGAGACGUUUCACUGAUACACGCACUGUGGUUGUUGUUAUCGCGUGGGCAUUGUGAGAUGGAUAGAGACUCACUUCUUAUGGCAGUUUCUUCUCUCCUAGAUCCAACUAUUGAUAACGAUCAGCGAAGUAAAUGCUUCAUGGUAGCUGAGAAUUACAAAAGUGAGCAAUUCCAGUAUGCUGAUGUUGACUUUCUGUGUAAUCCGAAUCAGCCUUCUGCUAUCAUAUUUUUUGGACUUCAGUGUUUAGAUCAUUACUUAAAAAAUCAUUGGGGUCAGAUGGGGUUUCAUGCGAAAUCCAGCCUGAAACAAAAUAUUUUUAAACUUUCAAGAGAAAUAAAUAAUUUUCGGUUUUCUAGAGAAGAAAUGCGCGCCUUCACUCUAAUGUUGAGUCAAAUUAUCGUUUUCCUCAUCAAGUGUGAAUGGCCUCAGCAAUGGCCUACUAUGUUACCUGAAUUCCUGUCCCUUGGAAAAUUAGGGGAUUCAUUCAUCGACUGCGACUCACUUGACAUCUGUCGUGAGUCAUUGUGUACAUUGGGAGGGUUCCUAGAGUCAUGUCGUCUAAAUGUUUUGACUUCUUGGACCCCUUCAGAAAUCGCUAUCAAAAACCUCAACCUUAGUCGCACCUUGCCAUUUCUGAGUUUAAUUACUACGCUCGUUGGGAUUAGAAGUUUACAAACCGAUGCUCUAAGUUUGAUAAAUAUCUUGCUAUCCAGACGAAUGCAACCGGGAUCCGAAAUUCCAGAUUCAUAUGGCCCAACUAUAGCUGACAGUUUUCUGAAAGAGCCUUUGGGAUCUUCAUCUCCAUGCAAUAAUCUCAUAAAAGUUUUAUGUUCUACAUUAUCCGAAAAUCCCGAGUAUUCUGAUGAACGUUACAACUUCUUAAGGCUAUUUGGUGAUAUUGUAGUCCAUAUUGGUUGUCAUAUGAUUAUCCAUUGGAAGGAGUAUUCAUAUGAAUCCGCUCUCUGCAAUUGCUUGGACAAUGGUGUAUGUGAAUGUCCGAACCUACCAUCACAUCUCUUCCAGGCAAUUUUACGUUUGACUGCCUACCCAAUCCAAGUGAUAUCAGCGUGCACUAACAAAUUUUGGAUCACCGUUCUUCGUUCAGACGAAAAAUCUUUACUAAAGUUAACUGAAAGGUUUGCGGAUGAUUUAUUUAGCAUUUGGCGAAAGAAUUCAUUAAAAGUUGGUCAACCAUCUGGUACUGGCAUUCAAAGUGAGUGGAACCGAAGAAUUUUCGAAACCGAUGAUCAUACUAGUUUUUUCUCCCGAUACCGAAGUGAUUUAGUGAAGUGUUUGUCAGCUGGAGCGUCUUGCUGGCCACAAAAAGUUUUACUUUUGUGUAUAUCAUGGAUUGAAACACUAAUCCAAGCAUCUCCAUCCUGUCAAGAUUAUGAUCCAAUUACUAAAUUCCUGUUAGCGACUUCACCACUUAUACUCGAAUGGGAAGCUUUAGAUUCGUUUCUAGAACCAUGUCUAUCAGCUGUUGAACAAUCAUUGAAGGCUCUUCAUAUUGAUAUGGAUGUUAGUUCAAAAGUGAAAAAUUUGAUUCAUGGGAUUUUACAAUCUUCAAAUAGUAUGGAUCCACUCCUUCGUGCUAAGCAUCUAGCUUGUUUAUCAAUGCUAUUACAACAUGUUGAUUCAAAUAAUGAUUCAGAACUUCUGUUACCCUUUUUAAAUAAGAUUUUUGAAUCUUUAAACUCUUGUCCUGUUGUGGAUGAAUCUCCAUCUUUAAUCGAUACACUUGAUUUUGUAAAUAGACCACGGCAAGUUAAAACUAUGCACUUAGCAUCUGCAACAUCAUUUCUUCGUUUCACUCGUGCUCGUCCUAUAAGAAUGAUGCCUUAUUUUGAUAAAAUAUUAAAUGAAAUAAAUAAACUUUGGAUGGAAAAAAUUUGUGGAAGUAUGGAGAAAGGUAUUCUUUUAGAAGCUUUAGUGAUACUUGGCUUUCGUGUUCCUCAGCCAAUCAAUGUACAGUUCAAUUUUCUUCAAAGUUUGCUAGUCAAUGUUUAUGGUCCAUGGUGUGGUCAAGAUCCUUACAACGUGACACCACUUUCAGAAUUAUUGCGCUCAUGUGAAUCUGGGGCACCUGGUUUAGUCGCAGUUUUAGGCCUUGAUAAACCUUCUGACCAAUUGGGGAACUUUGAAUCUCCAUAUGUUCAAACCCGGAUAAAUUUGAACCACAAUGUUCGUUCGUUAUUGGCUGUUUGUAGACGCCUCGCAGAACCGUGCAAUAAUCAGCAGCUUGAAAAUAUUUCACUACCCAUCUUGGAACCCGUUUUAUCACCAGUUUUACAUGUUCUUCGAGCAUUUAACGAACUUUGGUUACCGGAAACACUGAAACUAGUUCAUCCAACUUUACUUCCUGUAUUACAACAUACAGAUGAAAUUCAACUAUGUUUACUGAAUUCUCAAUUUCAAAAUAUACUCAAAUCUGUAGAUGUUACGAAUCCUUCGUUACACCGAUUGCGCACUUUUCUCAAUGACUGUCAUGAGAACUUAAUGGGGAUAGUUGGCUUUUUAUUUGUUUCGUUGGGAUCGAAAUUCUAUCGUUUACCAACCGAACAGUUAAGAAUUGCAUUGCACGAUGGUUGCUGUGCUGCAUUUGAAUAUUUGCCUGACCUCAAGCUAAAUAGUCUUCUACGAUCUAUUCUUCGUCCAUUUAUCCGUCAGUGUCCUAGACAGCAUUUUGAAACUGCCAUCGCUCCCUUGGUCCCACCAGUAAUUGAAGCUGCUAUUAAGAGAACUGAAGCAAGAUGGAAUGAAUUAAUCAUGGCCGAAGGACGUAUCUGUGAUGAUGAAAAAGCAGUUGCAGCUGAACUUGUACUAGACAGAUCAACUCGUCUGUUAAGUCGAACGUGUUUGGAUAUAUUGCGCUUGAUUUACACUUUCAAUGGCUAUGAAAUAUCUGAACAAUUUAAUCCUCCCAAGGAAGAUGAUGGAAAGUGCGAUGAUGAUAAUGAUGAUGUAGACAUGUCAGAAAGUAUAUGUGCAAAUGGUCAGUCGGGUACAAAUAGUCCACUUGGACAUUUAACAAAAUUAUUGGCAAAUAUGCACGCUAUGUCAUCGGAACCAGACUAUAAUGCACAGAAUCUUCCUUCAGAUCCUUUGUUCUUACGUUCAUUAACGAAAAUUUUAGCUUGGCCUGAUACUUCAAUUUGCUCUAGAGCUGCUCAAUGGAUAUCAAUUCUGGUUGAGAUGACUAAUUGUGGUCCAAAAAUUGCUACUACACAUUUAUCUCCUAAUAUUGCAGAAUUUAUUUUAUUCGGAAUCUUAUGUGGUCUACAUGUAAAUGGUAAAAAUGCUGAAAAUGCUUUAAACUGUUUAUUAUAUGCUGGAAUUAAAACUUAUCUAUCUGUGGAUGUUAUUGUGGCCAGACAAAAUUUACGAUCUGUUGUAAUUCGCGUUUUAAUGGAUACAUUAAAUGGUGAUAAAACUAAAGAAGGCCAAAUACAACAACAAAUUCAAAUUUUUGAGGAAAAAUGUUUGUCGACCCUAUAUUGGAGUUCCUCUCAGCCAACGUUUUCGUAA